AGAUGCUGGACGGCAGCGAUGGAAAGAUGGCGGCGGCCAUGGUACAAAUGUCAUGUUUGUACCGGGGGAUGUUGGCGGUCAGGGCUACCGGCAUCAGGCCGCUGAUCCCCGGGCUGGUCCCGGCUCAGUUUCGGGCUUUCUCAGUGAAGAAGACGGAUCCGGGUCUGGAGGAGAACCCGUACUACAGCAAAUACCAGGACAAGAUCCAGAAACUGCGCAGUGCCAAACCACAGGAGUACAAGGCUCGGCUGGAGAAACGGCACGAGACGAAGAGUGAAGUGCUGGGACAUUCGAAGCAGGCAGAGUUCGUCAGGCUCAUGGAGAAGGAGUUGGAGGAGAGGGACAAGAAGGCUGCCAGUGACGGAGCAUCAGGAGGCUUCACAAAAAACAAGACUCUGGGCUCCAUCCUCAACCUGGAGAUGAUCAAGGACAAAACAGGAGAGGAAAUUUCAGAGCUUUGGAUGAAAUAUUACUCAACUAAGGACACAAUCAGCGCUGCAAUCCCAGCACAGAUCUAUGAUGUGAUUUUCAACAGAUCGAGGUCAUGUCAGAUGUUCCUGUACGCUCUGCCUCAGAAGGAAGGUUAUGAGUUCUUUGUAGGCCAGUGGUCCGGACACGAGCUUCACUUCACCUCCCUCAUCAAUGUCCAGAUGCUCGGUGAGAACGCUCCCAGUCAGCUGAUCCUUUACCAUUAUCCAGAGCUGAAGGAGAAGAAGGGCGUCGUCCUCAUGACAGCCGAGAUGGACCCAAAGUUUAUCACCGUCCACCAGGCUCAGUGUCUGGCCAAUCAGGUGCAGCUGUUCUACGGCACGCAGAGGCAGGAGACGUUCCGGUUGGUUGAGACAUUUAACCACAGCCCUGCAGACUUCAAACACAUGUCGGUGAUAGCGGAGCUGGAGCAGAGCGGUUUGGGUCCGGCGAUUGCCCCCCAAGGAUCAUAGGUACGGACUGAGGACGCCAAGCAGCUCGCCUGGUGUCAGAUCCCCAGAGACUUAUAAAAUAAUUUAAACCCAACAUGGCAGAUGUGCUUCAACACACCAGUUCUUCAUACUGUACCUGACGUCUGCUUUUAGGCCAGAAUAUUAAAGGAGCAUCAGGAGCCUCUCAUGAACUCUGUCAUAGACAUACUCCUGUCAUGGCAUCAGCAGUUCAUCCUUUAAAAGUCUAUAAGCCAGUGAUUAGAGACGUAGUAUUCUGUAUAAAUCCAGAGAAUAAACUCCUCUGUACCCCACCCUCCAUACCAGAAUGGACAAAAAGGACUCUAUUAGUCCUGCAGCAGCUGUGUUUCAACGUUUUACCGCCCCCUAGUGGUCAUAAUUCAUUCAAGCGUCUCUAAUAAUAACAGCGUUUUCUGUACCUCUCUGAUAUGUUCAUUCUAGAUGUGGUAUGUCAAAUGUGAGACAAAACCGGAAACAACACAAAACCAGAACAUGUGCAGGAUGCUUUAAUAAAAACUGAAACAAAA